AUGGAGCUGCUUGAACUUGUCGAAUAUGAGCCUACCACGCGCCCUUUUCAGUGUGACUGGGAAUCUUGCAACAAGAGCUUCAACCGCAAGUCAGAUUUGCAGCGACACUACCGAAUCCACACAAAUGAGAGACCUUAUACCUGCACAACACCUGGCUGUGGCAAGAGCUUCAUUCAACGUAGUGCUUUGACUGUCCACAUCCGAACACAUACUGGCGAGAAGCCUCACCAAUGCCAGCAUAUUGGAUGUGGGAAACGCUUCUCUGACUCUUCAUCUCUUGCACGUCACCGACGCAUUCAUACCGGCAAGCGACCUUACAAAUGCGCUCAUGAUGGAUGCCUAAAAAGCUUCUGUCGCAAGACGACAAUGGUCAAGCAUCAGCGACGAUCUCAUCAGCGCGGCCUGCACCCCAACGACAUACUCGACGACUGCACCUCGGAAUCUGACAUGGGCGAGUCCCCCACUACUCCAAGUCAAACGAUGAGCUGGCCCAUGCAGGGAGCCAUUGCCCAUCCUGCAAUGACUCAUGGCCAUCCGAUGCACCGAGCUGCCUCGUUUCCAGAUUUCGGUCAUCAUGUGAACCAGUUUGGCAUGGCACAACAGAUGGGAGGUCGUCAAACCAUGCCCGCAGAAAUCCAUGAAAACCACGCUCAAGAUGCUAGUAUGCAGCUGGUUCAUCGACCUGCCGGCAUGCCUCAGCAAGCAUACUAUGUCAUUGACCAGAACAACCCUGGGAUUGCGACGAUGAACACGAACGUGCCUCACACAUACCACAUUCCCCGGCAACAAGUCGAGCGACCAGCCAUGGACAUGACCUACAGCGCCGGAAGCAUGACAUCUAUUAGCAGCAGUCCGGCCAGCUUCUCUCCUGCAUCUGGACAUAGCCCAGCUAUUCACGACAGCAUAUACACUCAUCAACCUCCUGCCGCUCCUGCCUACAGCUUGCCAGACACCGCCUCAGUCGAUUCGCAAAACAACAUGGUCCCAUAUACUCAGCAGAUGCCACAAACGCAGGGAUCACAGCCUGAGAACGAAUGGGGCUAUCACUACCAACCCCCUGUUGAGGUAGCUACGAUUGGACAAAUUCCCGCCUUUGGCUCUGGAGUAUAUGACAUGUACUCUGGCCCUAAGAUCGAAUUCGACGACCCUUCCAUGCAACUGCCUAGCUGUCGAGUUGAGACGAUGUGA